ACUUGCGACUACGACCGACUAGCGAAAUUUCUUUAUUUACAUAGCCGAUAUAUUUAGUUUUUACAUGAUUCAAAUUCUUUACGUAACCUCUGUUAUCUAAUACUUUUACUUUAUUUUGAGCGGUAGUAUGGCUCCGCACACUGGUUCUUUAUUGUGAAAUUAAAGUAAUUAAAUUCGGAACUAUUUAUCUCUUCAAGUAAUUGUUGUGUUAGUUAUCUCUGAUAGAUAAAACUGAUUUGAUAACCUAUCGUCACACCAGGGGUCACCAAUUUAAGUUUAUCGUCUGUAACAUAAGCAUGUAUAACAGUUAUAUUAUAGCCUAUUAAUUUAAUACGACACAAUCAGUAUCGGGUUCGCCUUUCAGUGGAACUCACAUCUUUGUUUAUAAAUUGCCGUGCCGAGUGCUAUCGAUUCAUUGGACCAUUCGCGUGAAGGACCUCGCGACCGGUUUGUGUUGUGCAUCUCGUGUGUAAUAUUGUGCUCAAUAAUUAUAUAUCAAGACUUACAUAAUUUUCUACAUUUUAAUCAGUGUAUUUUGCGAGAUUUGUUGCGCUGCGCAACAACGGUGACGUUUAUAUAGUAGUUCAAUUGAUUACCGACCUCGACCAUGUCUCAAAUAAAGUUGAUAAGCCGCGCUAGUCGCGUUUUGUCCGGCGCAGCAGUGCGGUCGGAGCUCAGCGAGGCAGUCUCUGUUCAGUCGCAACCACGACACACCACUAUCCGAACCAUGGCUAGCACACAGAACAAAACCCUCACAUUAGAAACACUAAAUCCCAACAUCAAGAAAUUGGAAUAUGCCGUGCGCGGACCUCUCGUCGCUCGAGCCGGUGAAAUCGAAAAGGAGCUAGAAAAGGGCGCACAGAAACCGUUCAAGCGCGUCAUCAAGGCUAACAUCGGAGAUGCGCACGCUAUGGGGCAGCAGCCCAUCACCUUCAUCAGACAGGUGUUGGCUUGCGUGGUACAACCCGAGCUGAUCAAGACGGAUCAGUUCCCCGCCGACGUGAAGCAGAGGGCGCAGACCAUCCUAGAUGCUUGCGGCGGUAGCUCCGUGGGGUCGUACACGAUGUCGCACGGCAUCGAGCUGAUCCGGCGCCACGUGGCGGAGUACAUCGAGCGGCGCGACGGCCACGCGGCGCGCUGGCAGGACAUCGUGCUCACCGGCGGCGCCUCCAACGGCAUCAAGAACUGCCUGCAGCUGCUCUGCAACCAGGUCGGCGGGAAGGACUCCGGCGUGCUGAUCCCGAUCCCGCAGUACCCGCUGUACUCGGCGUCGCUGGCGGAGUACGGGCUGGCGCAGGUGGGCUACUACCUCAACGAGGACGCCAACUGGGCGCUCGACGUGGCCGAGCUCGAGCGCGCCUACAGCGAGGGGAGUCGCGACCACGCCGUGCGGGCCAUCGUCGUCAUCAACCCCGGGAACCCCACUGGACAGGUGUUGACCCGCGCGAACAUCGAGGGCAUCAUCAAGUUCGCGCACAAGCACAGCCUGUUCGUGUUCGCGGACGAGGUCUACCAGGACAACGUCUACGACAAGGACAGCAAGUUCUUCUCAUUCAAGAAGGUGAUGACGGAGAUGGGUGCCCCGUACAACACGGUGGAGCUGGCGUCGUUCAUGUCCAUCAGCAAGGGCUACAUGGGCGAGUGCGGGCUGCGCGGCGGCUGGAUGGAGCUCUGCAACCUCGACCCCGACGUGCAGGCCAACCUCUACAAGGCCAUCUCCGCCAUGCUCUGCCCCACCACGCUCGGCCAGACUGCCGUGGAUUGCGUCGCUCGUCCGCCCGUGGCCGGCGAGCCGUCGUACGAGCUGUGGCUGAAGGAGAAGACAGCCGUGCUGCAGUCGCUGGACAAGCGAGCCAAGAUGAUCGUCGACACCUUCAACAGCAUGGAGGGCUUCUCCUGUAAUGUUGUACAGGGUGCAAUGUACGCGUUCCCGAGCAUCCACCUGCCGCCCAAGGCCAUCGAGGCGGCCAAGGCGGCCAACCAGCUGCCCGACGUCUUCUACGCCUUCAAACUGCUGGAGGAGACAGGUAUCUGCGUGGUCCCGGGGUCCGGGUUCGGGCAGCGUCCCGGCACGUACCACUUCCGCACCACCAUCCUGCCGCAGCCGCAGCUGCUGCAGGAGAUGCUGGACAUCUUCCAGGCCUUCCACCAGAAGUUCACCAAGGAGUACGCGUAACUGCGCCGAGCAGCAUCACGCCGCGGUCGGCAUCACUCUGCAGUGAUAGUCACCGCACUCAAUGUAUUACCUAUUGUGAUUCGUUUGUAGCUGCGAUGUAGGGAAAUCAUUUUAUACUUAAGGUUAGCUUCCAAUCAAUGGACUGCAGCUAAGUACCAUUGCAACAUGAGACGAAUGCCAUUCAAUCGUUUUAACUGGCUUUGUAUGGAAAACAUUUAUAGCUAAGCCGUCAAUAGGUUCUGUAUUAAAUAUUUUAUGCUUUUAUAGUUCGGCCGCUCAGAGAAUGCGUUUCUGACACAUCGCGAUUGAACUGACGAGGUAACUUUGUAAUGGCGUUGCAGUACGAUAAAAAUAUUUUUGCUGGUUGUUUAUCGUUUUAACAAUUGUUGAGCAUUAAAACAACAUUAUUAUAUCAAUAAUAAUCAAUGAAUGUUGUAAUUUUGUGCCAAAUUGAGUGUCAAAUAACUUGGUAAACAAUAUUUUUCUAAAUCUAUACUGCGCUAUUACAAGGUUAUGUCAGCGCUUUAUAUUUGUAGUGCUGUGCUAAAAAUAACAGGCAAGUAUCGUAAUCUGUUCUGGUUGAUGGUUCUUAUACAGUUAUACUUAUAAUAUAAAAUAAUACGUUUUGUUUUUCUUUUUAAGAAUUUGAAAAUAAUGGACUAUAGGAUAACUUUUAUGAAAUAUAAAAAUAAAACCAUGAUCAAACUGAACGCGCGAAAGCAAGUAGCAUUUUUAUAUUUAGGUUGAAAAUGGUAACCCCAAAUGGCAUCAUGGGCCGUCAUUUUGUGACGCUGAAUAGUCAUUUGUUGUCGUUUCGUGCGCUAAGACUAAGUGCCCU